AUGGCGACUGACAACACAGAACAGAUUGUUUCACAAUUGGCUCAAACAUUAGUUGAUUUAAGUCAAACUAUGAGCCACAUGGCAAUGAUGCUGGGCGACUUAUGGCAAAAGUCUCAGGACACAAAUGUGCCACUUCAACAACCAGACGUUGAAGAACCCCAGCACAGAAGACGAGGCAAAAAGCGGCGCUCAAAAACGUCGUCCUCGAG